UUUUGUUGUUACUGUCCUUUGAUCUGAAGAACUCCUCACUUUUGUUUCUCUCUGACAACCCGCUCACAUGGGAAUUUCAUGGAGUGGUAGUAGAAGAAGAAACAAUGAUUUCUUUCAAAACCCAUCUCAAUUCUUCUCUUCUUCAGACCCAUCUCCUCUUUUCCCUCCUCCUCCUCCACCCCAAGGUCCCCCACCAAGUUACGUUUUUACAGGAGGAAAUGGUUCGUAUCCUGCACCCCCCUCAUUUCCUCCACCAUUACCGCCACCACCACCUUCUUACCCACAUUACUACCAGUUUUCUAGUGGGCAUGCUCAUUGUGGGCAACUGAUGGGUCCUGUCAAUUACCACCAACCUUAUUUGGUGAAUGAAGGUAAUGGGUGGAAUGGAUUUAGACCUGUUAUGGUUCCACAACCUCAAAUGACAUUACCACCACCACCUCCUUAUCUGGAUCAUCAAAUGGCAAAGAAGAUUAAGAAUUAUGUUAAUAUACAUAAAGGUUCUAUUAAGAUUCAAAUUGAUGAGAAGAAUCUGGAUUCUCAUUUGGUUUCUUUCACUUUUGAUGCCUUGGUUGAUGGCAGUUUCCGCAUCUUUUACUUUUCCAAGGAAGGUGGAAAGUGUAGGUUUACUCCACUUUAUCCUGAAGUGUAUAUGCCAGUGAGAAUCCCAUUUCAGAAAGGCAGGGGCCAGAAGUUUCGUCAACCUUCAGGAACCGGCAUUGACCUAGGUUUUUUUGAGCUGGAUGAUCUGGCAAAAUCAUCACCAAGUGAAGACGUAUUUCCACUUGUUAUUUUUGCCGAGGCAUCCUUGCCUUCAGAUGUAGAGCCUGAGCAUGCAUUAUCUAGUGCACAGAUCACUCAAGCCAUCCUAGAGAAGAACAAUGAUGAACACAAUUUCCAAGUGAAAGUAAUUAAGCAAAUAUUAUGGGUUGGUAAUGCUCGCUAUGAGUUGCGUGAAAUUUAUGGAAUCAGUAACUCAACAGAAGUAGGAUUUGAUGACAGUGAACCAGGGAAGAGGUGUGUUAUAUGCAUGUCUGAACCAAAAGAUACAGCUGUUUUGCCUUGUCGACAUAUGUGUAUGUGCAGUCGGUGCGCAAAAACAUUGCGACUUCGAACGAACAAGUGUCCAAUAUGUCGCCAGCCCAUUGAAGAACUUAUUGAGAUUAAGGUGGAUAGAGGUGAUCAGUGAGAGGAGAACUGGUCUCAGACUAUAUCUGCUGGUACAAGAAUAUUGUUAUUUUUAGUGUCUGUUUGCUCUAUGAACUUGGCUGUUCAUUGUAGGGACCCCUUAUUGUACAUAUGUUACACAUCCUCCUUAUAUCAAGCAUCUUAUAUUUCUCUUGCUUACUCGAUUUGAGAUUUAACCAUUUAUGGGCUGUGUUAUUGCAUAAUGUGAUCUUCUAAACUUA